CCGGUGUGGUACUGUGUUUACGUUUCGGUGUUUACAGCGUGCAGCGUUUAAAAUGAAUUCCAAACGAGACUCUAAAAAACGAAAACUUCAAGCAUUGUUGGAGGACUUAUUAGAUAGUGCAAAGAGCCACACCCCCUAUGGAAAAGUCUUAUCCUGGAGGCAGGAAUUUUGUCCGGAACUCUUUCCUCCAUAGAGGCUUUCCAGCAGUAGGUCUGGAUACAGUUAUGGAAUCUUUAGCUCCAAGCACUCUUCACCAAUAUAAUUCUUAUUAUCAAAAAUGGUGGUCUUUCUGUAUUAAGUCAGAAAAAACCCUUAUUCGUAUUCCUUGAACUUAUUAAUCUCAUUUUUAACUGAAGAAUAUAAAAAAGGUGCCUCAUAUGCUACACUAAACUCACAAUAUGCGUCCCUCUUAUUAUUAUUUAAUAUAGAUGCCAUAGAUAAAGCUCAUUUAAAGAGAUUUCUCAAAGGUGUUUCCAAGAAAAAUCCGCCAAAACCCAAAUAUCAAACCACAUGGGAUCCUACCUGUGUUUUAGGUUUUUUAUCAUCUUGGUACCCAUUAGAGGAAUUACCAAUUUCUCAAUUAACGCAAAAAAUGGUUACUUUACUAGCAUUAGUUACAGGCCACAGGAUACAAACUUUGUCAAAAAUUAAAAUUUCGAAUAUAAUAUAUUUUGAAGAUAAAUUAGAAAUAAGGAUACCAGAUUCUAUAAAGACCUCAUCGUGUAAAAAUUUCCAGCCUGCUUUGGUUAUACCAUAUUUUAGAGAGGAACCAAAGUUGUGUUUAGCUUCUGUUAUUGAUGUUUAUAUUAAAAAGACUAAAGAUACCAGACCUAACGAUACAGAUUACUUAGUUUUAACUUAUAAAAAACCAAUACAUCCGGCGAGUUCACAGCGUAUCAGUAACUGGAUAAAGCUUACUUUGAAAAGCAGUGGGAUUGAUAUGUCUCAAUUCUCCGCUUAUAGCACGCGUCAUGCGGCUACUUCGGCAGCAUAUCGAGCUGGCGUGUCAAUUGAACAAAUCAGAAAGACAGUUGGCUGGACAAAAAAUAGUUCCAUGUUCAAUAGGUUCUAUAAUCGCCCGUUAGGUCUGGACUCUACAGAAUUUGCAAAAGCAAUCUUGACUUUAAAAUAGGUUCAGAUUUGCCCUGUGUUUUGUUCCUAUAGAUUUAGAUUGGUUUGGUGUUUUGUUCCUAUGGUUGC